GCUGCUCCGGCGGGCCCUUCCUUCGACGGAGAUGGUGCUAAGAGAUGGCACCGGCUCCGGUCUUUCUAUAUUUCCCUUCCACGCUCUCUGGCGUACUCUUGCCUUUGUAUUCCAGCAUGUUGGAGAUCACAUUGAAAUCACCCCCAAGUAGCCAGAGUUUAUCCUGAAUUCCAUCCCUGAAAUUGGUAUCCCAGUGAGUAUGAUGAACGUCAAAGGCCUUGCCCGAUUCAAGAACAAACCAGCCAAGGAUCCGAAGGGGUCGGACGCGGGCGGCCAAAAGCCCGUCGGUGCGUUUCUCAAGAAGCCCGGGGGCGAUGCUGCUGCCGCGAAGAGGAAAGCAACGGCAAAGGAAUCCCCCCCGGUUGGCAAGAAAUCGAAGAAGGGGGACACCACGAAGAAGGACCCCCCGGUGGUGAUUGUGGAUGAUUGCCCCGCCUCCGGGGUGCACGAGGAGAUGCCGGUGGCGAAGGUGCCGAGGGGUGUCCGGGAGCCAUCUCUUGAGGUCCUUACACUCUCCCUCCCGGCUGGUACGGCCGUGUUGAACGGCACAGCUGACCCGAGGGCGCUUCUGGGAGGUAUAACCCUCGAUAUUGACAGGGCAGCCCUCGGGGCCGAUGAUGACCAAGCCCUCGAGGACAGGAUCCUCCGGUCUUCCCUCACGACCUGCAUUGCCCUCGGAGAGCAGGCCCGACGGCUGGAGGAAUGGUGCCUCCAUAAAGCUGGGCAAGACGCAAAGAUGAAGGAGCUCAUUCUCAAGGACUCCAAGGCCACGAAGCUGAUGGCCCAGCUUGAAGAGGACCUCCAGCUUGCGAGAGCGGAGGCCGGAAGGCUUAGGGAGGAGAAAGCCAAAGCUGAGGAGGCUGCUGCGGAGUCCGCAAAGAAAGCCGCCGAGGAGGCCGAGGCUGUCAGAGCGAAGGCUGUCGUCACAGCCCGGGAGGAGGCCAUCUUCGGGUUCCUGGAUGGGGGGUGGAAGGCCGAGGGACACAAGGAGUGGCUGUCCUCGGUUGUGGAGGCCUCAGUGGAUGAGUGGUGCGAGGGCCCGGGCGAGGAAUGGAUGGCCCGAAAGGGCAAACAAUAUUAUGAUGGGGGCGAAUUUUUCACCCAAGCCCUCAUCUACCGGAGGAUGGCUCGCCACUUGAAAAUUGAGCCGAAGGACUUCGACCCGGCGGCAUACGGGCUCCCCCCCUGCAGCCAGACAUCCGUGUUCCUCUCCCCUCCGAUGUCGAGAGGCCAGACCUGGAGGACACCGAGCUCCGGAAGGAAGCCAAGGGUGACGAACCUGAGGCCGAUGCAGAGGUCACUUCGAAGCCAUCGGAGGAGGCGGCCCCCGGGAAUGAUGUUGUUUGAUUUGUAUUUUGUACUUAGCAAUUGGAACACACUUUGUAAUGGUCACAUUCUUAUGCUUUCGGCCCCGGCCGUCAUUGUAAC